AUGGCUCAACGUGUUACCUACAGAAGAAGAAAUCCUUACAACACCAGAUCUAACAAGAUCAAGGUCGUCAAGACCCCAGGUGGAAAGUUGGUUGCCCAACAUGUUAAGAAGGCUGCUUCCAGAGUCAAGUGUGGUGACUGUGGAUCUGCUUUGGCUGGUGUUUCUACCAUGAGACCAAGACAAUUUGCCACUGUUUCUAGAACCCACAAGUCUGUUUCCAGAGCUUACGGUGGUUCCAGAUGUGCCAACUGUGUCAAGGAAAGAGUUGUCAGAGCUUUCUUGAUUGAAGAACAAAAGAUUGUUAAGAGAGUCUUGAAGGAACAAGAAGACAAGGAAAAGAAGGCUGCUACCAAGAAGACUGGUAAGAAAUAA